UGUUUGGGCAUGACGCUGAUUACCCAACUCCGUUUUAUUUCUAAACAACAAAACCCCAUUUGGUUUUCUUGAUACAUACCAUGGAAGGAUCCAAGAGACCCAUCUUCCAACUCUGCAAAAAGUUACAUACUUUAACAAGAAAUCACAAUAAUAAUAGCCCUAGUAAUACUUUCAAGAAAAAAAUAAUGGAAAUAGAGAAAGAUCGAAAAAGAAAAAACCCAAAAAGAAACAGCUUGUUUGUGGAAACACCUGAAUCAUUGUCAUGGCUUGACACUGCAAGUAUGCCCAUGUUUGCUACUGUUGCUGGGAUUGCCCUUUUUGCCAAGCUUCUCAUGAUGUAUGAUGAUGCACAUUCACAAGAAAGGGUAGAGAAGAAGAUACAGAAUGCUCCUCCUGGUCAAGGGACUGUUAGGAUGCUUACUCGAGAGGAAUGGGAAGAAUUCCGAGAAGUGCGGCCAAGGACUCCGUUUGAAUCUAAGCUUGCUCGUCCUAAUGCACGGAUAAGAACAGGGGAGCCACUACACAUGGAAGAUGUGAAGGAUUGGACAAUCGAUGUGCUGACAGAUGCUUUUACAAGAGCUGAAGAAUGUGUCAAACAGGGAACAAAGUAGAUUUCAUCUCAAACUGCUAGAUAUAGAUAGACCAUAGCUUGUGGGCAUACAACUCUUUUAGCAUAUUCAGGUCAAAAUGCCAUGCUUUUUUGCUAGAUGAUCAUGAUUCCUCAGUUUGAGGUCUAAUAAUUUUAUACCAAGUUGAUUAUAUGAUUGGAGUCAUUACCAAUAGAAGUUGUAUUAGCUCCUGUGAAUUUGCAGUUGCUGUUUUGCAAUGUGUUUUCUUCAUUGUAAAAAAACCUAAGAAACUUCCAUGUUCUGUGUACAUUCUCAAUCACAUCAUUGUUCUUACUCCUUGAAGCUUAUGUCAA